AUGAUCGCUAGGUCCAUCUCUAGGUCUGCUAGGCCAUUGGCUCGCUCUGCCGCUGGCCCUUCGCUCGCUCGUCUUUCGGUUCGAAGAUACGCAACCAACCCACCUGGCCCCGUCGCUACCAAGUCGGAUGCGCCCUGGGCCAUCGCCUCAGUUCUCACAUUCGGCGGUGCCUUUGUCUACUUGACCGCUCCCGGCGCAAAGAAGGACGACCACCACGGCGCGAAGCACGACGAGCCUGAGCAGGAGGACGAGGAGGAGCCUGAAGCUCCCAAGGAGCCCGUCGAGUUGCCCGACGGCAGCAUCGAGCACCCCGAAGGUUUCGUAGAGGUCAAGCGCCCAGACCUGCGCCACGAUGCUCCCGAUGGUGACAAGCACCUCGACUCGAAGAAGAUCGCCGACGAGCAUGCCUACGACAAGCAGUCCAAGGUCAAGCGUGAGCCCUCGCUGCCUGCCGAUGACACGACGUUCAAGCACGGCGUCGCUGCUGCCAAGGACGGAAAUCACGUUUCGGAUCCCAAGAAGGUUGUCGCCGCCGCACACACCGACAAGCAGGACAAGGCUCAGGCCAAGGCCCAGAACUCAUCUUCCGAUGCCGAACCUUCCUCGGACGAGUAA